AUGAAGCAAAAGAUUGUCAUCCAGUUGAGCAUGUCGUGCGACAAGAGCCGGUCCAAAUUACUGAUGCUGGCCGCCAGAGCAGCCGGGGUGACGUCCAUGGGCAUAACCGGCAACGCCAGGGACCAGCUGGAGGUGGUCGGCGACGGCGUCGACCCGGUGUGCCUCGUCAGCUGCCUCCGCAAGAAGCUCGGCCACGUCCAAAUCAUCAAGGUGGAGGAGGUGAAGAAGCCGGAGGAGAAGAAGAAGGAUGACCCGAUGCCGGCCGUGCCCGUGCCCGUGAACUCGCCGCCGUGCUACUACCCGCCCAGCUACUACCACCACCAGUACCAGGCGCCGCACAUGGUAGUCUGCGAGGAACAACCCGAAAACUGCCGGACCAUGUAG